AUUGUUCAACAUUACAUCUUUAGAAUUUUUUUUGCAGUCAAACAAAUCUGGUUUUGUUAAACUUCACAGAGCCACAAAAGAACUCGUCUGAGUGCUAUAGACAGUGGAGAACUGUGAUUGCACUUUGCUAAUGGCCAUAUACAUUGGAAUAUGUUUAGCUGUUGUUUAUGGUCUCACAGCCACAACUGAAGCACGAGCUGAUAUGAAAGACAGUUGCCAAUGGAAGUGCCUGGUGUUUUCUCAACUGUGGCCAGGAUCAUUCUGUAUGACCUUUUCAAAGCGUUUUUGCAAGAUUCCAAAUCAGGUGAAUGGCUGGACGAUACAUGGACUGUGGCCAGAUGGGAAAGAAUUCUGCAAUCAUACCUGGAAAUUAACUCGAAAAGAAAUUGGGAAUCUUUGGACCGAUUUGCAGAAGUACUGGCCAAGUCUGAUUAGUAACAGUCCUUUUAAGUUUUGGCAAAGUGAAUGGGCUAAACAUGGCACCUGUGGAACCUGUGCUGACAACAUGUCUUGCCCACACAAGUAUUUCAGCCUGGCGCUGGAACUUCGGAUGAAGUUCUCCAUCGAUGAAUUCUUAUCUGCUACUGGCAUCAAACCCUCAUGUUAUAAUGGUUACACGUAUGAAAGAUUCUGUGCUGCAUUAUCUGACUUGUGCCCAUUUGUAAAUCUCCAAUGCUACAAUGACAAGAAACGGCAGGUUCUUGUGCAAAUCAAAAUUUUCUUCAGCAAAGACCUCUCAAUCGGCUGCAAUGCAUCUCAGGAAAAUUUUAUUCACCCUUAUUGUAAACCAUGUACAAACAAGUCUGAAAUAUAUUUGUAUCCUUUCACAGAACAUCCACAUAAUCCUUGUUCCUGAAGGAGUCUUUUUCUAUUCCCAACCUUCCAUGGUUUAUAAGAAUUAGUUUGCUAUUGAGGGAAUUGUAUGAGACUCUAAUUUCAGAUCUUCAUUUGCAACUAAACCACAAGCUAAGAUUUUUUUCUCUUCUGAAGGCAAAUGCUACAGCAUCAUAUUCCUGCAUCAUUAUUUUUUCAGAAUAUCGUACGCAGGCCAUUUUGAAGUGAUCAGUUUUUCUUUCAUUCUGUAUGUGUUUCAGCUUAAAAGCUACUGGUUACAUUAUUUUGCUUUAACUGCAUUGAAUUUCAAUUAUGAAGAUAUAUAGUAGCAUG